AUGCCAUCCAUCUCCAACUUGAAUUAUGAAGUCCCAGUUCUGUUAUCCCCUUCACAAAUCGAAAAUAUAGCCAUCAUAGGUGGAGGAGCUUCAGGAGCUAUUAUAUUGGAUAGCUUACUAAAGGAACCAAACUCCAAAAUCAAAAAGAUAACAAUUUUCGAAAGACAACAAAAAUUGGGUGGCGUCUGGUAUUUCAAUCCUGAUACUAUACCAACUCCUAACCAUAUAGUCAAAGCAGGUAAUGUUAAUUUCCAAAAUGAUCCACAAUUGGAAAACCCAUUUCAUGAUCACAAGUACACCCGAAAGUUGAUUUUACCAAAAAAUACACAAGAAAGAUUCAUUCAAACCCCUAGCUACUAUGGUAUCAAAACCAACAUUAUUGAGAAAAUGAUGACUUAUAGUGACUCUAAAAGGUGGCCCGUGGAUGGCAAUGAUGAGGAGAGAAAAUAUGUAGCGGGGACUGUCGUACAAAAGUAUAUUGAAAACUACGUAGGUCGAAAUUUGGAAGACCCUAGAGUCAGUUUGAAGUUAGGAUCGACAAUCGAGGAUGUAGAAAGGAUAGGUAGAAAAGAUGAUGCUCCUUUGCCAUACAGAUUUCGAUUGACAGUACGAGAACAAUAUGACGACAAGCAGGAUUAUUGGUACCAACAAGAUUUCGACUCCAUAGUCGUAGCCACAGGACAUUAUCAUGUUCCUUAUAUUCCUAACGUUCCAGGUUUAAACGAAUUACAAGAAAGGUUUCCGAACGUGGUCCAGCAUGCCAAAUUUUAUCGUGAAUCUGACUCGUAUAAGGACAAAACGGUUAUUGUUGUGGGUUCGCGUGCUUCUGGUAGUGAUUUAACCAAGUUUGUUGCAAGAGAACCAGGAACUAAAGUUUACCAAUCUAUUCGUAACUUUGAUCGCACGAAAGUGCUUUCUACGAGACCAAAUGUGACAAGUAAGCCUGUUAUUGAAAACAUUCAACUAUCUGAUGGUGAAAAUAAGAUAGUUGUCAAGUUUGCGGAUGGGUCAACAGUCACCAAUCCUGACCAUGUGAUCUAUUGCACUGGGUAUCUUUUCUCCUACCCAUUCUUGGAUAGAUUAUUUGACAAAUCACUUACAAACGAUGGAAUUACCGUGUCAAAUCUAUACCAGCACACCUUCAUUAUCAACGAACCAUUGAUUACCAUUAUUGGUGUUCCUAUAGAUGGUGUCUCAUUUAGAGUAUUUGAAUAUCAAGCUAUUCUAUUGGCUAGGUAUUUGACAGGUAAAAUUGAGUUGGUUUCACGCAACAAACAGCUUGAAUGGGUCAAGCAAAGAUAUGAAUUAAAAGGAAAUUCCAGGCUAUUCCAUACAAUCGGUGUUACUGAUGCUUUGGAUUAUGCAACAACAUUGACACAUUUGGGUCAAGUUCUGGAAAAGAAAAAGGUUGGACGUGAGUUCCCCUUUAUGACGGAGGAGGAUAUUGCUGUCUAUAGAGAAGCUGGAGAAAGGUUGAGGAAAUUUUGGGAUGAGAGAUAG